UUUCCUAUCCCGACAGGUAAACAGGGUACGAUCGCUCUUACCGAUAACGAGUUCUCAGGUUGAAAGCGACGUUGACAGGAUGUCGCUACGGCGCAGCAGGGCGAUUUUGGGCGACACGGAACUGAGUCGAAGUUCCCGAAUCACGAAAAUGGUCGCUCUCGGCGACGGAGAGUCUCUCCUCUCCUCCGGUUCCUAUUCCCGAACUCGGGUGUCUCACACCUUCGAGAGCAAGCGAAUUUCCCUCUCAUCCACUACCGGUUCUUCGACCGCUGCUUCUACUGCAUCCGAGCCACGAGGUUCACUCGUCACCGAGUCCCAUCACCGACGCGAAGAGUAUGCAUCGUCUUCCUCAUCGUCGCAAACGAAGCCGACUGCCGAGCAGGACGAGCAAAAACCCAGCGAGGAAUCGAGCGUCGACGCUACGCCCGAACCCGCAACGAAAGCGAAUGACAAGAAGGAGGCCGAGCCGGAUGUUGAUAUUGAACGCAUCCUAGAGGCGUCCCGGAGACGAAGGAAGGAGCUGAAGGAGAUCAUCGAUGCUGUGAAUCCUGAAGCAUAUACCGAGAUGGAGGCUGCACGCCGGGAGAAACAGGUCGAGGUGGUGAAGGAGGACGGGGGAGAAAAGGCAGUAAGGAAGGAUGGGGGAGACGAGGACUCCGCGGUCGUGCAGUCGGAAGAGGAUUAUUGGAGUCACCGGCGGGAGAGUCUGAUCGAAAUCGGGGCCGUCGAAAGUCCUGCACCGGUAGAAUUAAAGGAGGAGGAACCGGCCGUCCUUCCCACAGAAGACGAUUACUGGCAGCAUCGACGCGAGAGCCCCGUCGAAAUGGGCGUUGUCGAGAGCCCCGUUCCCUCACAGGAAGAGCCUGCCGUCCAGUCCGAAGACGAUUACUGGAAGCACAGGCGCGAGAGCCUCAUCGAAAUCGGGGCCAUGGAGAGUCCUGCACCUGUAGAAGACCAGAAGGAGUCGUCUCCCGUCGUGCAGUCGGAAGAAGAUUACUGGAAACACCGACGGGACAGCCUCAUCGAAAUUGGGGCCAUCGAGAGCCCCGUGCCCAUGGAAACAGAACCGGACGAGGAGAAAGCGAAAGCAGUCAGAGAAGAAUCGCCCUCUGUCCCAACAGAAGAUGAUUACUGGAAGCACAGACGCGAGAGUCUCGUCGAAAUGGGCGCCGUCGAGAGCCCCGUUCCUGUCGAAACGGAACAGGAGAAAAUAGUCGAAGAGGACUCUUCUGUAGUACCAUCCGAAGACGAUUACUGGAAGCACAGGCGCGAGAGCCUCAUCGAAAUGGGCGCCGUUGAGAGCCCCGUGCCCCUAGAAAAAGAAGAAGAAAGAAAGACGAAGGAACCAUCCCCCGUAGUCCCUUCCGAAGAGGACUAUUGGAAGCACCGACGACAGAGCCUCAUCGAGAUGGGCGCCAUCGAGAGCCCAGUCCCCCCAGAGGACGAGAAAUCUGACCGAGCGGAAUCACCCGUCGUCCCGACGGAAGAGGAUUACUGGAGCCACCGGCGACAGAGCCUGGUGGAGAUGGGCGCCAUGGAGCCCCUCCCCGAGGCAACCAUGGACGACCUCCAAGAGGUGACCAUGGAAAACCUCCGGGAGACGAUCAUGGCUGACCUCCCAGAGGAGGACUUCUGGGGCCAGCGCAAGAAGAGUCGACUGGAGACUCUCGACCUCGAGAUGCAGAUGAUCCUCGAAAAGGAACGCACCAUGCUCAAGUCCGAAGACGGUGGAGCCAAGCCGGAGAUCGGACGGCACACCCUCGACGCCGAGGCGGUGGAGACGGAGGAGACGGUCCUCGAGAUCGUGGCCACGGGCAUCCCCAAACCGAGCAUCAAAUGGUACAUCGGCGGGCUGGAGAUCAAGGAGUCGUCCCGGAUCCGGAUGCAGGAAGACUCCGGCACGUACAAGCUCAUCAUCACCGACACGAAGCGGGAGGACGCAGGAACGUACAAGUGCGUCCUGAAGAACAAGCUCGGGGAGGCAUCCGCCGAGGGGAAGCUCACAGUCCGAGGACUGGACGAGCUGAAGCAGCCGAAAGUGCUGGCAAGUCUGGAGGACGUCACGGCGACGAAGGGCGAAGACGUCACGAUGAAGGCCAAGAUCAGAGGCCGCCCAGAGCCCAAGGUCGAGUGGUUCCACGACGGCAAGAAGCUGGACGCGUCCGAGACCGUGAAGAUGGAGACGGACGAAGAUCAUCACUACAUCCUCCGCCUGAAGGGUGUCCACGAGACCCAAGCCGGCGAAUACUCCAUCAAGGCGACGAACGAGCACGGAUCCGCAGACUGCAAGGCGAAGCUGACGGUGCGGAUGAAGCCGGAGAUCGAGGGGCUCGGGAACGCGAUGUGCGACUACGGCUCCGAAGUGAGCGUGACUGCGAAAAUCAAGGCGAACCCUCCCGCAACCGUCGCCUGGUUCAAGGGAAAGAAGCGCGUGGAGAAGUCGGACCGCGCGCGCUGGUACGAGGAGGACGGAGACAGCUUCACCCUGGUCAUCUCAGGGGCGAAGGAGGACGACGCCGGGGAGUAUCGCUGCUCUGCGUCCAACGACCUGGGCAAGACCGAGCAGGCCUUCAAGCUCCAUGUCAUCACCGAGAAGCCUCGAUUCCUGAAGGGGUUGUCGGAGAUGGCGGUUGCGACUGGGGAUGAUGCGGUCCUUGAGGUCCUGGUCAAAGGGAUUCCCAUGCCAAGUGUUUCGUGGCGAAAGGGGGAUACGGAGCUGAAGGAAAGCGACCGAGUGAAAAUCACCUCCGAUGGCAUGGAGCACAGAUGCGUCCUCAAGAAGUGCCAAGAGUCCGACUACGGCAAGGUAAGUAGGGAGCAUCUGGGGGGUGGGGCUGGGAGGGGAAAUCGAACGGAUGAAGGACGCAAGUCCGCGCCUCUGCAGUACGUGGCAGUUGCGGAGAACGUGGCCGGGAAGGAGGAGAGCAGCGGGGACCUGAGCGGGAGGAUGGAGCCCCCGACCCUCAAGGAGAAGCUGGAACCGAGCGUCAAAAUCCGGGAGGGGGAGGCCCUGGCACUGGCUGCCAAGGUGGAAGGCGCUCCCAAGCCCGUCGUCAAAUGGUACAAGGAUAACGAAGAAGUGAUCCCCGAUGAGCACGUAGUCGUCGAGGAUCUGGCGGACGGGACCCAGCGACUCAACAUCGCCAAGUGCACGCCUCAGGAUGCUGGCCAGUAUAAGAUGGUCGCCGUCAAUCCUUCGGGGAAAGUUGCGUCCGAUUGCAGCGUCCACGUCAAACAGGUGCCCAGUCCUGCCAAGAUCUUGACCCCUCUUCAGAAUGCCACCGUAGUCGAAGGAAAGCCUUUGGAGCUAGUCACUAAAGUAGCGGGAUAUCCCACCCCUAAAGUAAAAUGGAUGCGGGACAACACGCCGAUUCACCCGAGCCGCGACGUGACCAUCACGCAGAAGCCGGACGGGACCUUGGUGCUGAAGGUGGCCCGGGCCACGCCUGAGGACGCGGCGCGGUACAGCGUCGUGGCGAGCAAUGACCACGGGGAAGACGCCUCCGAGGCGGUCGUGGAGGUGGAAGCGCCGUCCUUCCCGCCCAAGUUCGCGACGGCGAUCAAGGAUGUGAAGGUGGUGGAGGGGUAUCCGGCGAAGCUGGAGACCCAGGUCGAGGGCCACCCCGUUCCGGUCAUCAAAUGGAUGAAGGAAGGACAUGAGGUGAUACCGGACGGAGAACACGUGAAGGCCUUCACGGAGCCAGACGGCAGAUGCGUCUUGGUGAUCGAAAAGGCGAGGCCCGAGGACGCCGGGACGUAUUCCGUCGUCGCUUCCAACGCGGAAGGCCAGGCCAGCAUCGACUCCAAACUCACCGUCCAAGGGAAAACGAGGGAGGGAGAGGGGGAGUCACCGGCCGGGUUCUUGAAGCCUCUGCCGGAAGUCAACGUCGACGAGGGGAAGGAAAUUCGACUCAUCGCCCCAGUCGUGGGGAAUCCGCUGCCCGACGUCUCUUGGUACAAGGACGGUGCUCCUAUGAUCCCUUCCAAGGACGCGAGGGUCGUCUUCGAUGGCGACAGGGUGGGGCUGGUGAUUCCGACGGCGAGGGCGAGCGACGCCGGGGAAUACGAAUGUCGGUUGAAGAACGCACUCGGGGAAGAUUCGUCCAAGGCGGCGGUCGGCGUGCGGAAGCUCUUCGAGCCGCCGUCGUUCGUUCAGAAGAUUGCGGAUCUUCAGCAGCUCCAGGGACUGGAUGCGAAGUUCACGGCUCGCGUGGCGGGGGUGCCCUUCCCGGAUGUGACGUGGACGAAGAACGGCGCGCCGAUCCGGUUCUCGGAUCGGAUCCGGAUGAAGCAGGACGGAGACGUGUGUCUCCUGUUCAUCCGGGAUUGCCACACGGGUGACGAUGGGAUUUACGGCUGCGUGGCGCGGAACGUGGAUGGGGAGGACAGGUGCCUUGCGUCGCUCAGCGUUGUCGAGAAGAUAGAGCGAAAAGAGAGGGCGGAGCCACCAGGAUUCCUGAAGCGGAUCUGCGACUGCGAGGUCUACGACGGGAUGACGGCCAAGUUCACGGCCUGCGUCACGGGCCACCCAGAGCCGGAGUUCGAGUGGUUCAAGGACGGGACCAAGGUCUGGCCCUCGGACCGGAUCACGCUGGAAGCCGAGGGCUCGGGGCUCCUCCGGCUGCUCAUCAAGUCUGUCACCGACGUCGACAUCGGCCGAUAUCGGCUGAGGAUCUUCAAUCCCCACGGAGAAGACGCCUGCUCCGCUGAGCUCAUCCUCGACUCCUUUGACAUCGGUCGCGUGCCACCUCCAUCGGGGAUUCCCCUCCCCCUCUCCGACCCUCCGAUCAUCUCCAGGAUGACCGACCGGAACCUGACCCUCUCCUGGAGGCCUUCCAUCCCCUCCGCCCCCAGGUUCCCCGUCACCUACCACGUGGAAAUGAGAGACCUCCCCGACGGCGAGUGGACCUCCUUCCAGAAAGGUAAGCCCCAUCCCGAGCAACCGCCACCUCACCCAUCGCGCCCUCCGCGACCUCCACCCUCCAUGACCUGCACCCUCCAUCCAGGCAUCCGCGGCUGCGCCUGUGAGGUCCGGAACCUCGUCCCCUUCCGCGACUACCAGUUCCGAAUCCGGGUGGAGAACAAGUACGGGUCCAGCGACCCGUCCCCGCACGCCACGACCAACCGACAGCGCCUCGUCCCCGAGACCCGCCACACCCCCGCCCUGCCUGCCCACCUCCCCACGGACUUCGACUACGAACGGCCCGCCCACGAGCAGAUGGCGGCCGCGCCAAGGUCAGACCACUUCCCUGUCUCCACCUCCGUUGCCAUUCUCAGUCUGACCCGGUUCAAACACAUCUCCUGCACCUGA